GGCUGUGACGCCGAGAUCAAACGGAGAAAUUCUCCCCUUUGCUCCGCCGCGAGGCUGCAUAUUGUGCGAACGACGGGGAUUGGAAACGUUUUCCGUCCUACACCCGAUCGAAGGAGUUCCACCACGGAUUUGAAAACAAUACGGCUCGGUGAGGCUUAAGCCAAAUAAAUAAAUAAAUAAAUAAAUAAAUAGAGGUUUCCAGCGCAGCUGCUCAGAUGAAGUGUACAACAUACAGUGACAACUAAUGGAACUUUUCCUGGUGGAUAUGGACAAUGGAGCCUACGCGUGUAAGUAGCUGACUUACAGUUUUCGGCUAACUAAAUCACAGUUCACCUUUAUGUUUUAAAUAUGUUUGGUUCAAUAGCAGUUGUAGCUUUGUGAUGGACAAAUAAACGCCGUUGCGCUUCAUCUGCUAGAGAGGUGCUACUCGACUUCCUCUUUAUGGGAAGUUAGUAAGUACCCAAAUCGUCGGGACAAAUUACGCACAAUCUGAAAGGGGGGGGGAAAGAAUAUCUUCUUGCGGUUUGCUGUAGCAAUAGUUCGGUCGAUCGCUAUGAGUUUAGUUGGAGGCUUCCCUCACCAUCCGGUUAUGCAUCAUGAUGGCUACUCCUUCGCUGCCGCAGCGGCCGCCAGCCGCUGUCACGAAGAAAACCCCUAUUUCCACGGGUGGCUCAUUAGCCACCCGGAGAUGUCACCCCCAGACUAUACUAUGGCACCCUCGUACAGUCCCGAAUACACCACCGGAGCGCCCGGGCUCGACCACGCACACUACGGAGGAGUCCCGGGGACUGGAGCCGUGGGGAUGGUACCCCGAACAGUGAAGCGCAGACCAACGGCAAACCGAAAAGAAAGGCGCAGGACUCAGAGCAUCAACAGCGCCUUUGCCGAGCUCAGGGAAUGCAUCCCCAACGUGCCUGCGGACACCAAGCUGUCCAAAAUCAAAACGCUCCGCUUGGCCACUAGCUAUAUCGCUUACCUCAUGGACAUUUUGGACAAGGACGAGCAGAACGGCGAAGCAGAGGCAUUCAAAGCGGAAUUCAAAAAAACAGACGCCAAAGAAGAGAGGCGAAAGAAAGAUAUGAAUGAAGUUUUGAAAAGUUCAGGGAGCGGCAAUGAUAAGAAACCUAAAGGAAGAACCGGGUGGCCGCAACAUGUUUGGGCCUUGGAGCUCAAGCAGUGAAGCCAAACCUUUCCAAAAAGACUUGAAACGACGCCUUCCUGUCAUUCUGAUUUUUACGCUAACUUUAUUUAAUGGAAUAUUUAUGUGCAAUUUCCCGCUACGGACAGUGGACCCUUGAAGAAAAAACCAUUCCAUUUUAAGAGGAGGAUGACCUUUUGGUAAGGGACCGUGUUGUUGUUGUUGUUGUUGUUGUUGUUGUUGUCUAGUAUGUGGUGAAUGUUUGUCCCACUCCGAAACAAAGCCGAGAUGUCCGCCACUAAGGUGUACGUGAAGUAUAAAUCGCUUUCUCUUUCGCUCUUUUUUCUUACCCUCUCUCUCUCCCCAUCUCUCUCUUCCUCUCUCUCCCUCUCUCUUUCUCUCUCUCCCUCUCUCGCUCUCUCUCUCUCUAUCAGUUUUUCUGAAUUUAAAUAUAACGAGGGUCGAAGUUAUGAUACAGUUAAAAUAACGUUUUAUUUGAAAAUGUCAUGAAGUGUUAUAUUGUGAUGUUUGUGGCCGUGUAGAAUCUGGUGGUGUUUGAAACUAACGCCGAGUUCACUCCAGUGCACUUCCGUCCAGACACAAGAAACUUAAAUAAUAUUGGAGAUGUAAACAAUGUAAUUAAUUCAAUAAACCACUGUGUUUUAAAGAUCUAAA